AUGUCAUUCAUCACACAUGUGUUGGCAUGUCUGUUUGGGAUGGGCUCCUGGGUUACCAUCUGUGGCCUCUGGGUGGAGCUUCCUCUCAUUGUCCCUCAGAUCCCUGAGGGAUGGUAUCUGCCCUCCUACCUCUCUUCCCUGAUCCAAAUGGCUAAUGUGGGCCCUCUCUUCAUAACCCUCAUGCAUCGCUUUCGCCCAGGGCUGCUCAGUGAGGCUACUGUUAUCUAUUUCAUCAUCUCCUUUGGGGCUCUGGCAAGUUUCCUCUUGGCUUUCUUCUGGAAGGAGACAGUCAUGGUGCAGGGAACUGAACGCAGCGUGCCACUGCUGCUCCUUACUUUUUUCAUCUCUGUGGUGGACUGCACUUCAUCUGUCACAUUUCUCCCUUUCAUGAUGCAAUUGAAGCCAGAGUACCUCACUACCUACUUUGUAGGGGAAGGCUUGAGUGGGCUUGUUCCAGCCCUGGUGGCUCUGAUACAGGGGGUGGGUGUUGUACACUGUUUAAAUGUCACACAAACCUUCAAUAUUAGUGAAGCAUCUGCACAAAGUCGAAACAUAAAUGAAUCUGAAUCCACUCGCUACGUCCUCAGACCGCAUUACCAACUACCUAACUUCUCAGUAGAGGCCUUUUUUUUCUUCCUGACUGCCAUGAUGGUGGUUUGCUUGGUGGCCUUCUUGCUCCUGAACUACCACCCUGCUGUUGCCCGAGAACGUCCCAAAAGCCAACACUCAAUCAGCUUCACAAAGAGCGAUGACACUGUUUCACACCAUACAAAGGGGACGUCUGAGAGUAGACCGAUGAUUAGUUCUUUGAGUGGUUCGCAGAAACCGAGGGGUCUCUUUGGAAAAGGUACAUACAGCUGGAUGCAAGUGAUCUACAUUUUUGUCAUCUUAGCCUGGGCAAAUGCUUUGACAAAUUCAGUGCUGCCAUCAGUGCAGUCCUAUUCCUGUCUACCAUAUGGAAACAAAGCUUAUCACUGGUCUGCAACUAUGGCUGCUGUCGCCAACCCUAUGGCCUGCUUCAUUGCCAUGUUUUACUCUCAAAGGUCUCUGGUACUGAUGGGGGUUCUCACAACCAUUGGUACAGCUAUUGGGGCUUAUAUCAUGAGCAUGGCUGCUCUGAGUCCAUGCCCUCUACUAGUUCAUGAUGCAUUUGGAACUCUCAUUAUUGUGGGAGCAUGGAUCUUUUUUGUCCUUUCACUGUCUUACGUGAAAGUGAUCAUUGGAGUCAUCUUACGUGAUGAAGGCCACAGUGCCCUCGUGUGGUGUGGGGCUGUGGUACAAUUAGGUUCGAUGCUGGGGGCACUAACUAUGUUCCCACUCGUCAAUGUAUACAAUUUCUUCUCAUCUGGAGACCCCUGCAACACCCAGUGUCCCUAA